AUCUCGCCCGUCUUGGGUUCGACCUUUCUUCCUCCCCGCUUCUGUUUCUCCUUCUGCUGCUGCAUGCCCAACGAAAAUUUCGCCCCCAACCAUUUAACAACGCCUUUUUUUUAUCCUUCUCUCCCUCCAGAACUGGGUAGGUGUGUUUCACUCCCGAAACACCCCACCCCCUCCACGAGGCACUUUUUCAUUUAUCCAAUCCGAGUUUUGGAGGACCAGAGCUGCUGUGUAUAUGAUUUCCUCCUCUGCAUUUCUCGCAUGAUCCCCCUCCCCUCUUACAAAAGAUGUAAAAAGAAGAAAAAGAAAAUAUAAAAAGAGGCGUUUACGGGAAAAAUGGACGUAGAAUUGGAGGAUCUCACUGAAGAUUAUGUGGAGCCGAAAGAAAUUGAUUGGGAAUACGAAUUCGAUGCGGCUCGGUUUUUUGAUUUUUGCUGUCCAGAAUCGGACAGGGAAGCCCAGGAAGCGGAGCGCUGGUUUGCUGUGGCCGGAAAUUAUCCGGUUUCUCCUCUAGUGAUGAAGUUAUAUUGGGGAGGAGACAUUCAAGGGGAGGAUACAAUUACUUGCUCAAGCUUAGAUGAUUGCAAAAGCAGUAAUGCAGAUGUUGGUAUUUGCUCUGACAGUUCUCCAUCAGAAGGUGCUAUGAAAACUAAAACGACAUCAGUUCCCAGCUCAUCCAAACCAAGGACUUCCACUUUGAUGAAGCCUACAGCUAGUCAUUUGGCCAAAGUAAACAAAGCAAGAGAUUUACUUUCCAGCCACUUAUGUAAAAGGUUUCAGAAAUCACCCAUCCACAUAGACCAGAGAAGCUUGCAGAAAUCUCCCGGUUUUGAUAACCUAGCUACCAAACGACAAAAGCUCGAGAUUGGCUACCUGUGCAAGGUAUCACAUUUGAAGCAUCAAGCUUUGUUACUCCACAAGAAAUCCCAAAAGGAGGGAACUGUAACUCCUAAAAUAGCACAUUCUAAGAUGAAGGUAACUGUUCCCAAAGAGCCUGAAUUGCAAACACAGCAAAGGGCGAUAAACCGAAGGUCAAGGACUAAUUCUGAGUCAAGUGAGCAUUCAGAAUUGGAGAUACAAACCUGUAGAUCACGAUCAUUGAACAGAAAAGCCCAUACUGUAAUCCAACCUAAGAAGAGCAAAGCGCAGCUACCUGUGUUUCAAGCUUUUAAUUUGAAGACUACUGAGAGAGCCUUGCAGCGUUCAUCUCGUAAUGAACUGAAGACACACAACUCUGAUAGCAUUUCACAAAGUAUUCCUGCAGAGCUGAAGAGAAGCUGCAUUCCUGUUCACCCUACAGAAGUCAAGAAGACCGGCAAGAAAUCAGACCCUGAUGAUGCUUUGAAGAAGAAAAAACAUGAAACACCACUCAAAUUAAAAGUUUGGCCUAUCAGUAAUAAGAUUUUUCCUACCAAAGACGAUACUUUUGGGACUAGAAGUGGCAGUGAAGAAGCCAUAACGGCAAUGGACCUGAAACUUCAGAAAGAUCAAAGGCUUUCACACAAUCCACCUACCGACUUAUUUAACAAGCUUUCCCUGAGAUCUGAACCGGGGAGUGAUGCAGUAUCUCAGCCUAAUAUUCACAUGUCCAAUAAGGGAUCAAAGGAGAAUGCCCCUGAUUGUUUCCAACCUGAAUUUAGAUGGUGUGGCGGCAAGCUAAAUCAAUUUGGGAGUGGCAAGGCAAUUCCAGGAAUGGUAAAUGAGUCCAACAUGAGCAGCUAGCUUUAAAGGUGUCUGAUCAA